GUGGUUGGUUUCAACAUGCGGGUUAUAAUUAUAGUAACGGCAGGUUUGCUUGUGUUUUGCGGUUUAUUUGGAAUAUUCCAAUACGGUCAAUAUCUGCGUAGAUUUCGCUUUGAUGCCACCGUCACAGCAGAUUUCGAGGAAGAUGUACAUUAUGGUAGUUUAUUUCGUCAUGGUUUGACACUUCGACGACCAAGUUUGCACAAAUAUCCGUCUUUUAACAUUGGAUCAUUGGAAGGUACAUAUAUUCCGUUUUCCAAAGUAGAAUGCGGAAAAGAUGUUUUGAAACCAGGACAUAAGAUUCCGAAUAUCGUGCAUUAUGUCUGGUUUGGGAAAUUUAAGAUUAAUAUUUUACAAUACUACGCCAUGAGGAGUGCUGCAUUGAUUCAGAAACCUCGGAUGAUUAUAUUCCAUAUGGACGAAGAUGAGCCCAUUGGUCCGUACUGGGAGCGAUUGAAAGAAGAAAUUCCUUGCAUCAGAAUCGUCAACUUGAAACCUCCAGAUAAAGUUUGGCAUAGACAUGUGAAACUAGUGGAACACAAGUCAGAUGUAGCUCGGAUGAAUAUACUUUUAAAAUAUGGUGGAAUAUACUCAGAUGUGAACGUGAUGUUUGUGCGGCCCAUGGAUGAACUGAUGAAAUAUUCUGCCGUUUUAGGAAAAGAGGAAGAUCGAUCGUACGGUAACAGUUUCAUAUUAUCAGAGAGAAACUCAAGUUUUAUGCAGAUAUGGUUGGAAUCCUACAUUAAUUUUGAUUACACACGUUGGAGCGAUCACAGUACAGCGAUGCCCAGGAAACUUCACGAACAAUUUCCAGAACUUGAACUUCACGUCGAGCAAUAUUCAAUGAUGAGACCAAACUAUGUUGAUGGUUCUGAUUGGCUGUUCUACAAUAACUGGGAUCUUAGAUACAAUUAUUGCGUCCAUUUAUAUGUUAAUGUACCAGACGCAAAAGCAUCGCUGAAGUCUAUUCUCGAACUUCCGGAAUCAGAUUUAGUUACCAUGGACAACACAUUCGGACAACUUAUCAGAAUAUCGUUAUUUGGAACUCCUUAUUUUAUGGUAGAUGAAUUAGAUACGCAGCUGAUGAAAGCUCACUCUUCAAUACAUUGUAGUUCAAAUGUCAUCCAACAAAGUAACGACGAAAUACCAAAUGUUUUGCAUUAUGUUUGGAACGGAGAUGAAAUACGAUAUCAUCAUUAUCUAGCAGUUCGAUCCACAAUUGAAACAUUAAAACCUCAAGCAGUUUACAUCCAUGUACUUACCGGUUCAGAUCCAUUUCACUACGGCUAUCUUUUGAUGCUUCGAGAGAUUGAAUGCCUGCAUAUUGUAGAUGCAUCGCAUUUACAUUCGCUUGUCAUGAAUUCUGUGAGUCCACACCACUUGCAGAAGCUAAUACCGGGGCUUCAUGUCCUUUACAAACACGGUGGAAUUUUAAUGGAUUUUAACACGACAAUCUUCGGAACAAAUGCACUAAAAGAUCUUAUGCUGAAUGAUUUUAUUAUAGGCAAAUCAGCUGAGGAAGAUUUCGAAUACAGCAUGAUCAUGUCAAAACCGCAAAGUGAAUAUUUAUUUGAAUGGAUGAAUUUGCUUCAGAAUAUUUCUUCGUUGGAUGACAUUGAAAAUUCUCUUAACAGAGCAUUACAAAAUUGAUAUCAAUGAAAAAGUUUCUCUACUGGUAGUUUGUUGUCAAUUCCUUCACCAUCCUGGUUCGAUGAAGAAAAUCCCGAAGUUCCGAAAACAUCAAGGGAUUUCAUUCAGAAACAGUAAAUGGGAUUCAAUACCGGUCAAUGUCACGGAAAAACAAAUUCUUAAACAAAUGAUUUUCUUGGAGUUUUUGGAAGAAUGGUAUAUUCUAAACGACACGGAUAACUUAGAGAUACGCCAAUUUUUAUUUAUUUUUCAAUAUAUUUAUGUCUUCUUUCCUUAUUUUGCAUUAAAAUUGAUACCCGGAAAUAUAUGUACGUUUUCCUGUGUGAGUUCAUAAA